AUGAAAACAGUAUGUCAACCAGAGAAUUCCAAGGACAAUAUUGAUACAGGAUACAAAGAGCUAGCCAACGGCGCCAAAUGGAACCAUGAAGUCGUAGCAAAUCAGGCCGUACGCAAACUCUUUGGCCGAGUGCGCUCGCGAACACGACUUUCACCCCCCAGCACACUGAAAGAGCUCUAUCAAGCUGGCUUCAACAGCCUCAAUGCAAAGAUGUGUCGAGACCUUCUGGGCAAGUGGAUCAUUAUUAUGGGAAAGAAGAAAGGGUCGCCAUACGUGAAGAAACCAAGCUGGUGGCCCGAUAAAGUCGAAUACCAGAGUGCUCGAAUGCUGUCUGGCCUUGAGAUCAAAACAGUCCUCUUCUACAUGUUCUACAGUAAACAAGGCCGUGUUCUCUUUGGGAGAUUCUACGCCGCUCGGAAUGACGUCGAUAUCACCGAAAAAGACAAAGAGACUCUAGCAUGGACUCUCUGCAUUCGAAGUGUCUAUUAA